AUGAGAUCCCAGGUAAACGCCAUGAGCCUGCCCAUCUUGACCAGGGGGGAGCGGACUGCAGCAGAAGACAUAAAGUCACCCCACCAGCUCCUGUGGCUGUCCCGCAAGCCACCCUGCCACUUCCUGUUACCAGUGCAAAGGACACCACCCAGCCUGAUCCAGUUCCGGGUCCCGGUGAAGGACACCACCCAGCCUGAUCCAGUUCCGUUCCAGUUCCCGGUGAAGGACGCCACCCAGUCGGUUCCUGUUGGCACACCCCGGGACCUCCCGGACCCACCGCUGAACGCCGCAGCCGCGCCUCCAGACCUCUUUGACCUGCCGCUGAACGACGCAGUCAUGCCUCCGGAGUCCCCAGAUCCGUGGCCAGUCACCUCCACAAUCUCAGACUCACCUCCUGACCUACAGGCUUCACGUUCCCGUCUGUGUCUCGUGCUGCUUCCGCCCUUUCCUGUCCCAUUGUCCCGGGCCUGGUCUGUAUUACAUUUUUGUUUUCCUCAUUAUUUUGUGCGUCGUCGUCGCUCAUCGUUUGACGUCUUUUGUUGUGUCUCCGCGUCCUCCCUCCCUGCCGUUUGUCAUUCUCUGUCUUCUGUUACUGCUCCCACUUCUGUCCUCCCCAUCGACUACAGGGCUGGCCUACUAUUCCUGUACUCACUUGUUUUUCUUGGAGGGUUUGUGGGUGCUGGAUUGAUGAGCACUGUUUUAAAGUCCAACAUGUUGUCAAUCACCACCGUGUCAGUGAUCAACUUGCUGGUAGUGCACGUGAUUUUUCUCCUCACAAUACCCUUCCAUAUGUACUAUUACGCUACCAACUCCUGGAACCUGAGCUUCGAUGCCUGCAGGAUAGUCAGCGGCAUGAUCCAUGCGCACAUGUACCUCAGCUUUAUCUUCUAUACCAUUAUUCUACUUGCACGUUACCUGGCCUACUUCGAAUGGGGACAUCGAUUGCAGUUUUAUCGAGCUCUGCACGCAUUUAUAGCCAGCAUGAUGGUUUGGACCAUCACUCUAGGCAUCGCACUGCCUGCGACAGUGUUGGUGUAUGGCUCAGGGAUGACAGGUAGUGACACUGUGUGCUUUGAUUUUGGUGGAGCUCUUACUUAUCCCGGAGUGCAGUCACUAAACUACAUCAUGAGUGCCAUGGUCUUGUUGGUGUGGACUGCCUUGGCCAGUCGCCAGCUGUAUGUCCUGUGGCAGGUGUAUCAGAAACACAGGCAGGCUUCUUAUUCUCAUCAAGAGUUCCGGGUUCAAAUCAAAAGCAUGUUCUUUGUGCUUAUCAUGUUUCUUUGUUUUGUACCUUACCAUGUGUUUAGGAUAUACUAUGUGACCAGGUUCCUAGAAAACAAGUUACUAGAAGACAUAAAUGAUGUUUUUCUUGCUUUUACAGCAUUUAGCUGCUUUGACCUACUCACAUUUGCUAGCAGAGGUAUGUGGCAACCAGCUUACAUAAAAUGUUGUAUUUUAUGUGAGUGA